UCGGCGUCGACCGCUGAACUAUUUUUAGCGGGUCUCUCCCUGGAGCCGCCGUGUUGCAGUGAGCCGUCCGCGCGCCCCAGAGGAGACACUGCGGCGCUGAGUCACGGUCCUGCGCGUCUCUGCGGCGCUGCGCGGCAUCCGCGGGUUUUGGACAUCACGGAAGAGUGGCCGGUGCUGCGCGCAGCCGGGUGACAGGGCGGGGGAGGCAGGAGAGGAGCGCACGGCCACGGCACACAAGGUCCGUCCCGGAGUGUCGACAGACAGUCACCAGGACAAAAACACAACACCCGGGGAAGAGAGGUUUGUCACCAUGGAAGGUUUAAUGCAGCGGCUGGAGCGAGCCGUGACCCGUCUGGAGCACACGUCCGUCACCUUGCAGGCGUCCAGCGGCAUGACUAACGGGGACUGUGUCAACGGCAUCGAUGGAGGCACGUCUCAGAGUGUGGAGGCCUUCGACCAGCUUCUGAGGGGACCAGUGUCAGACUACCUGAACAAGAGCAGAGCCAUUGGAAGAGAGGUGGAGAAACACGCGGAGAUGGUGAACGAUGCCCUGCAGACUCAGAGAAGGUUCCUUGAAAUGGCUGCCACACACCAGCAACCUGCAAAGACGGAGGUCCAUGACCUGCUGAAGCCAAUUUCUGAUCACAUCCAGGCGAUUCAGAGCUUCAGAGAACGAAACCGCGGCAGCGGCCUCUUCAACCACCUGUCAGCCGUCAGCGAGAGCAUCCCCGCACUAGGCUGGGUGGCUGUGUGUCAGAAGCCCGGUCCCUACGUGAAGGAGAUGAACGAUGCUGCCACCUUCUACACCAACAGAGUGCUGAAGGACUACAAGGAAAGCGACAGGCGCCACGUGGACUGGGUGCGCUCCUACCUGUCAAUCUGGACCGAGAUGCAGACCUUCAUCAAGCAGCAUCACACCACCGGACUGGAGUGGAGCAAGAGCGGUCCCAUUGCUCCCCCUUCACUCUUUGACUCCCCCAAGACCCCCAGUGCUCCCUGUCCUCCUCCUCCUCCCCCACCUGGCCCACCUCCAGUCUUCACGGACGAGGACUCCCAGCCUCAGGUUGGCAGUGCGACGGCACAGCACUCGGCGCUGUUCGCUCAGCUCAACCAGGGAAUGGACAUCACCAGAGGUUUGAAGCAUGUAUCAGAUGAUAAGAAGAGCCAUAAGAACCCAAAUCUGCGCUCUCAAGCUGCACCGACCAAAACCAAAUCCUCCGGGAGUGGGAACUCAUCGAGAGCAACCGUCCAGAAAAGACCCCCUCUCCUGGAGCUGGAGGGGAAGAAAUGGAGGGUGGAAAACUUUGAGCAGAAACACGACCUGCUGAUCGAGGAGACGGAGCUGAAACAAGUCGCCUAUGUCUUCGGUUGUAAUAACUCCACCUUGCAGAUUAAGGGCAAAAUCAACUCAAUCAUCAUAGACAACUGUAAGAAGUUGGGUCUGGUCUUUGAGAAUGCGGUCGGGAUUGUGGAGAUCAUCAACUCCAAGGCUAUUCAGUUACAGGUGUUGGGAACAGUCCCAACUAUUUCCAUCAACAAGACAGAGGGUUGCCAGGUUUACCUGAGUAAGGACUCCCUGAACUGUGACAUUGUCAGCGCCAAGAGCUCGGAGAUGAACAUCCUGAUACCUCAAGGAGAUGACGAUUAUAGGGAGUUUCCAGUCCCGGAGCAGUUCAAGACUGUGUGGGACGGCUCCAAGCUGGUGACAGAGCCCACUGAGAUGGCAGGCUGAUCUGAUGCGUCAUCAACUUCACCACCAUAAAACUCAAAAUAUAAAUAUUUAAAAACAUAUACAGUAUAUCUUUCCGUCCCUAUGAAUCUAUUGAAUUUCAGAGGUAUUAAGGGGAUUUUCUUCACAGGCACUGUAGCAUACACUGUUGCUGUAAUUGUUACUUUAUGAUAUACUUCUGUAGCACUUUGAAGCUGUUGAUGUAAUGAAUUAGUUCAAUAAGAUUUUUUUCCUCCUUUAUACAAAACACAUGCCCACAGCAUAACUUAAUAUCUCAAGUUUAAAAUCACACCUCGUACAUUUAUGUGCCAUAGCAAUAAAGGCAUCUAUAUAAGAAUCUGUAACUGUUAAAAAAAAUUCAAAUUUCUUCUCAUCAUCAAAACAGCGUUGUCCUCUAAUAAUUUCUCCAGAUGCAUUUGGAUUACCAUUGUUUUGGCUGUGUGUAACGUGCACCUUCAACCACGUGAUACCUCUCUAUCUAACAAAGUGUAUUUCAGUGACAUCUUACCGUUUCAUGUGUAUUUAGCAUGCCACCUGCUGUAAGUCAACUCAUCCAAUAAUGACUGAUGUUCUGCAGGAUACAUGAAAUCAACUGAUCAAAAUAUUGAACCAAGUACUUGGCAACUAGUUUCAUGUGUGCCUUAAAAAUACUGACAGCGGUUGUUACACUUGAGCACUUCCUUGUCUCUCUAUCUCGGUGUACAUCACUGUUUUGUACUAAGAUGUAGCAUAUAUAUGUCCACCUCUAAUGAUAUACAAAAUGUUGGAUUUACACAAAAAUUAUUUGGUGUAAUUGUGUAUCAGUUUUUUCAAAUAAAAUCAAAACUUUCA